AUGUCCUCGCUCCAUUCUACAGCACCCACAGGUGGUUAUGUGGGGUCGGCAACUGCCGCCACCGAACUCCAAUCAUCUCCAGGCCUCAGCAGUGUCUGCAGGCCGAGGGGUAGGAAGCGAAAGACAACGGCAAAUACUUGGGCUCAUGCUCGUGAGCCGUAUGACACAGAGCCUGUUCGUUGCGCUCGACGAAAUGAGAAGUUUUAUUAUUGUAUGAACUGUAUCAACCCUCCCUAUUCGACAACGGUCUCGACGACAUUCCGCAAGCACCUGCUGAAUAGCCACGCCAUUCAGCUCGAAGCAAACGAAAACCCAAUCAAGAAACAGCGCGACAGUCUUAUCCAGGACGCCUUUGCAAAAGCUGGUGAGGUGCAUGCUGCGAAGCAAUCGACUAGACGAGAGGAAACCCUGAGAAGCGCUGUCAAUCGGAAGGCCGCACUAGAGGCUCUGGUCCAGCUUGUUACUGUCCGUAACCUCUCAUACAACUGCAGUUCCUGGCCAGAGCUCCAUGCGCUGAUUUGCGCGGUCAACCACACGGCAAACGACCUGAUCAGUCUCUCUCACGGUUCAAUACAGAAGCUUGUCUCUAAUUCUUAUUGCGUACAUAAGGACAUUCUGCGGAGAAAGCUCCAAUCAUCUCCUUGGAAGCUUCAUCUUUCCUUGGACGUCUGGUCUGCGCCAAACCAUAAAGCCUUCCUUGGAACGUGCGUUAAAUUUGUGGAUUCGGACACCAAGGAGACACUGCAGGCAUUGCUGGCACUGUCAGAGCUUCCUGGCCUAGACGGGCCGGGUGGCCACGGCGGAGCUGAGCAAUGGAAGCUUCUUCGGCAAGUUCUUGAGGACUAUAACAUUUGGAAUAAAAUAGGGUUUUUCACUGGUGAUAACCACGGCUCAAAUGACAAGUUGUGCCGUUUCCUCGGAGAACACCUCCAAGAGAAAGGCAUCAAGUGGGAGGCAAAAAAGCAGAGAAUUCGAUGCCAUGGUCACGUCCUCAACCUCGCGGUCCAGGCAUUUUUGUUCAUUGAUUCGAAAGAAGCUGCCACGGCGGCUCUGGAGCAGAUCGAGGACGGCGAUGGAACUGCUUUCGGCGUUGAUUUCAUUGAAAGAGUCAAGGCCCAGAAGGCGCUUGGCUGGCGGCGUUUAGGUCCGUUGGGUAAAGUUCAUAACAUCUCAGUCCACAUGCGUGAGAGUGACUACCGAUGGAAUUUGUUUAAGAAACGUGCUGGAAGGUCAUUGGGACUCGAUAACGAUACGCGGUGGAAUUCAUGGUUCCUUCUGUUAAAUGUUGUCCUUGAUCUUCAGGACCAUGUGGAUUGGUACCAACGGAAAUACUAUGAUGAUUUACGGGCUGAUUAUCUGUCACCCGAUGAGUGGCAAGCCCUGAGGGAGACACGCAGCUUCCUACAACCAUUCUGGAGGAUUACUCAACUAACAGAAGGCCGCUAUGCUACCCUCGAUCGUACCCUCUUCACCAUGGACGUCCUUCAUAAACAUUACACACAUGCAUUCCAAAAACACCAUAGUAGCAGUGCACUCCGAAGCUGCAUUGCAGCAUCAUGGGCCAUUUUUGACAAGUACUACCAGCUCACAGAUGAGAGUCCCGCAUAUGGUGCCGCAAUGAUACUUCACCCGUCGCGGCGCCUGGCCCACAUCAAAAAGAACUGGCCCAAAUCGUGGCACAAAACAGUCCUUGACAGUGUUCAAAAGUAUUGGGAAGACCACUAUCAAGGGCUGCCAAUCACAACGACAACACCACAACUUAGGGACCGGACACAGCGGCUCGAUGAGUACGAUAUGCUUGCUCGAGAGCUCGAUGUCGUGAGCCCAAGGUGUCCUUCCAACCAACUCAACCAACUCGACCCCUAG